GGAAGUACAGCUGAGGCAGAAUAGCCACAGUGCUCGGCAGGGGGUCGUACGUGCCGUAGCUGAGGAACUUUCCUUCCCAGUUGUAGAAAUACACAUGCAGUUCAGUGCCGUAAAGCGCUGCGCUAUGGGGAGCGUACGGUGGGCCUUUCACUGCAGCUCUUGGGCUCCCAGCCAGGCUGAGUGGCUUCUGUGUGCGCGGUGCGUUCAGCCAGAGGAGAAGGAGCGCAUUGGGCAGUUCAUGUUCACUCGGGAUGCCAAAGCUGCCAUGGCUGGGCGGCUUUUGAUGAGAAAAGUAAUUGCAGAAAAGCUCCAGAUACCCUGGGACAAAAUAUUGUUGCAAAGAACAGAAAAAGGAAAGCCAUUUCUCUGUUAUGGAAGUUCUAGCGAGUAUCCUUUAUUUAAAUUUAACGUGUCCCACCAAGGAGACUAUGCUGUUCUUGCUGCUGAGCCAUACCGACAGGUUGGAGUAGACAUUAUGAAAACUGAUUUGCCAGGCAGUGGCUCAAUUAAAGAAUUUUUCCGGCUUAUGGAUCGGCAAUUCACAGAAAAAGAGUGGCACUCGAUCAGAAGUAUGAACAGUGAUUGGGCUCAAUUGGACAUGUUCUACAGGCACUGGGCUCUCAAGGAAAGCUUCAUAAAAGCCAUUGGGGUUGGACUAGGCUUCAACCUGCAACGGAUUGAGUUUGAAGUGUCGCCUGUGAAUAUGGAUAUAGGCAAAACUUACAAACAGACCAAGAUGUUUUUGGACGAUGAAGAGGAAACAUGGGCAUUUGAGGAAAUUCUGCUGGAUAACCAACAUCAUGUUGCCGUUGCUUUGGGAGAAGUGGAUCAACUUCUGCAUCAGAGUCACAAGAUUAAUGACGUGACAGAGAGCACCUUUGAACUUCUCAGUUUUGAAGACUUGAUGGCAUCUGCUGUCCCAAUGUCAGACGAAGAUCCAGAUUACUGGAUUAACUUUCAGUCAAAACAGGAAUUUCCUUUUCGCCAAAGAACCAAUGUAAAAAAAGAGACUUCUGUAUAGUAAAAAUAUGUAUACUUAGAGAAACUGUCAAUAUUAUAAAACUAAACUUCAGUAGAAGUUUAAGCGGAUGGUCACCUUUGGACAAAAGUCUGCAUUUGAACAGGCCCUGUUAGAAAAAACAUUUUUGUAAAACAUCUUUAUUAUUUAAAAUGUGUAGUGUUGAAGAUCAGGAUCAGCGCUGCUCACUGAUCUCUCCCUGCUCUCAGUAGGGGAUUUCUCCUAUGAGUACUUGGCAGGUAGCCAAAAAAAAAAAAAGUUGACAUUGAACUAGUUACUGGCCAUAACUUCCCUCUCCUGCUUCAUUUGCAUGUCUUUGAUACCAUUGGCUGGCAUGAUUCAGCCAAUCAGAUCAGAGAAAUGCAAUGAAACAGAAGAGGGAGGGCAAUCACUUUAGUAUCAACUUCCUGUUUUGGGCAGAAUGCCAGCUGAAGUCAGAGAUCCCUUCAGAAGACAGUGGAGAGAGUCUGUCAGCAGCAGUUAUCCUGGUCUUUAGCUUCAAAACUACACAUUUGACAAACAUGUUUUUUCUUCAGAUUCAGACUAUUUUUAAAAAAAUGUUUCAUGUGCAACGUUUAUAUUGUUCAGUUAUAUUUUUUCCGGAAGUUGUAUAUAUAUAUAUAUAGAUAGAUAUAUAUAUUUAUAAAUAUUAUAAAUUAUUUUUUGACCAAUUUUUUUUUGCUUGUUUCAAUCUGUAGAUGACAUCUUUAUUAUUUUUAUAUAAUUUAAUUUAUAGUAUCUUUGUUAUUGUUCCUUGGUAUGUCUUUGCCCAUAGUCCUUUUUCUUUGCAAUCAUCCCUCUUCACUAUACUACACCCAACCAAAUCAGUGUGUGUGGACUUUCCCUGUGUCCCCAUCUCUGCCUAUCUAGAUGUCUUCACUUCUCUUAUUAAUCUACCCUGUGGCAUAAUCUGUGGCAUCAGCAGCAGCCAUCAUUCAUGGGAUGUGUACCACUUCUGCACUGGGUGGCAGAAGUAGACUUUGUGUGCUGCUCAGUUCUGCCUCUGAGGAUCUGUGAACUAACAAGGUAUGAAAUAAAAUCAGAGACCAUAGAUCAGAGGAUUUCAUUGGUCUACAUGGAGAUUUGAACACUUUGCCAGGGACCUUUACUGUCUUAAAUAAAACUAGUUAUUUACAAAAUGCUUACAGGAAUGGCUUGCAGUCUUUUUAAAAAAAUACCAACCCCCAGUCACCAUUCCGGGGCCAAUACUGUAUAUUUGGUGUUAGAAUGGGAACUCUAUCUCUGCAACUUCAUGUAUAACUUAAUGCAAGAAGAAGGCAAACCAUUUAUACAGCUUCUUGGUUUUACCAAGGAAGAUAAGUUUUUUUUUUCCUUUGAUUUGUCACAUACAUGGAUAUGUGGCUAGAUAAAAGCCUGAAUUAGUUAAAUAAACCCAAGCCCAUGACUGAUGGACUGUCAUACUGGAAAGUCAUUCCACCAAGGAAGGUUUACAGGUGUUGGCUUAGACAUUCGGGAGACCCUAGUUUGCCUUGACUUUGCAAGUCAUUUUGACCUGGGGGAAAUUUCUUGUUGGCUGUUGUGGCAUGGUUGCAAAUUUGGGAAAGAUCACUUUGCCAAGGUAAAAUUUCACACUAUAGUGAUUUAUGUUCAAACUUCUGAAUUCUUUUCACUUCUAUGCAAAUAUUCUUCAUAGAGAAAAUUAUCUUUUGAAUGUACUGCAGGCCUAAAUGUUUAAUAAAGUUUUGUUCAAUUGGGUAU